UAUCGUGCAGAAACAACCAAUAUGGCAAAGUGGACCAUAGUUGCUCUGGCGCUCGUUGGCUGCGCAGUAGCCGAGCCACCAGUAGGAUAUAGCUAUUCGGCUCCAUCAUCCCUAAUCCUAGUCGGAGGUCACAGCGGCGGAGGCUACAGCAGCGGAGGCCACAGCAGCGGGGGAUUAAGCAGCGGAGGUCACUACAGUCCCGUCCCAGUGGGACACCAGACCUCAGAGGGCUACCACAUCGACCCCCAUCUAUUAGGCAAAAUCAAGCACAUUAUCCUGAAGGAUGAGAUCCAAAACCAGGCUUACCAAUCCUCAUCAUCUGGACAUGGACACGGCAUCUCGUCUCACUAUGGUGCUCCAGCGCCAGUAUACGGUGUCCCACACGACAGAAUCGUAGGCAUCGAACUUGAUCACAUCCAGCAAGGCAUCCAAGUUGCCCAGUACCACCAGGCUGAUGAGGGAUACGCCGGCGGUUAUGCUGGUGGAUACUCAAGCGGCGGAUACUCAAGCGGCGGAUACUCCAGCGGCGGAUACUCGGGUGGACACGGUUCCAUCUCCUACUCCGCACCUUCCGUCACUUACACGACAAUCGGAGUCCCAUCAGGAUCAUACGGAGUGCCCUCACCGUCAUCCUCAUACGGCGCCCCGCAUCAUUAAUCGGCCAUCGAGCCGUAGUCACCUCAUCUCAUUAACUGUUAUGAAACUCAUGUGAUCGCAUCCUAGGUUAAUGUAUUAUAUUUGUUGUCUAAUUUAAGUUUCUGUAAA